CCUGCAGCUCAGUCUUUCCCACAGGGAGAGCCACUCCAUCGGAAAGUGGCUGUGCGCCUGCAUCCCAGGGGUCAGGGCUGAUGAUGGAGAGAAUCUCAGAGGCCCAGAAGACCAUGCUGCACCUGAAAGCCCAGCCUGAAGACCUAAAGGACCUGUCCUAACAGAGCCUUGGCAGCUGCCGGGUGAUUUCCGACUUUGGCCCUGCUCCGUGUAAGCAGCCCUCGACAUGAGGCAGAGUCUCCACUGGACCUUCCUGUGUCUGACUCUCUUCACUGGAAGGAUGUGCAUCCGAGAGAAUCAGUUUCACAUCGAGGCCAGCAGAAGUGACAAGCUGUCCCUGCCUGGCUUUGAGAAUCUCACAGCAGGAUAUAACAAGUUUCUCAGGCCAAAUUUUGGCGGAGAACCUGUUCAGAUAGCACUGACCCUGGACAUUGCAAGUAUUUCUAGUAUUUCAGAGAGUAACAUGGACUACACAGCCACCAUAUACCUCAGACAGCGCUGGACGGAUCAGCGGCUAGUGUUUGAAGGCAACAAGAGCUUCACUUUGGAUGCACGCCUGGUGGAGUUCCUCUGGGUGCCGGACACUUACAUCGUGGAGUCCAAAAAGUCCUUCCUCCACGAAGUCACCGUGGGAAACAGGCUGAUCCGCCUCUUCUCCAAUGGCACAGUCCUGUAUGCUCUCAGAAUCACAACAACCGUUGCAUGUAACAUGGACCUGUCUAAAUACCCCAUGGACACACAGACAUGCAAGCUGCAACUAGAAAGCUGGGGCUAUGAUGGCAACGACGUGGAGUUCAGCUGGCUGAGAGGGAACGACUCUGUGCGUGGGCUGGAAAACCUGCGGCUUGCUCAGUACACCAUUCAACAAUAUUUCACCUUAGUUACCAGAUCGCAGCAGGAAACAGGAAAUUAUACACGAUUGGUCUUACAAUUUGAACUUCAGAGGAAUGUCCUGUAUUUCAUUUUGGAAACCUAUGUUCCUUCCACUUUCCUGGUGGUAUUAUCCUGGGUUUCAUUUUGGAUCUCCCUUGAUUCAGUUCCCGCAAGAACCUGCAUUGGAGUGACCACCGUAUUGUCGAUGACCACACUGAUGAUUGGGUCCCGCACUUCUCUUCCUAACACCAACUGCUUCAUAAAGGCCAUUGAUGUGUACCUGGGAAUCUGCUUUAGCUUCGUGUUUGGGGCCCUCCUGGAAUAUGCCAUUGCCCACUACAGCUCCUUACAGCAGAUGGCAGCCAAAGAUAGGGGGAAGGCGAAGGAAGUGGAAGAAGUUAACAUUACUAACAUCAUCAACAGCUCCAUCUCCAGCUUUAAAAGGAAGAUCAGCUUUGCCAGCAUUGAAAUUUCUGGUGACAACGUUGACUACAGUGACCUGACAAUGAAAACCAGUGACAAGUUCAAGUUUGUCUUCCGAGAUAAAAUGGGCAGGAUUGUUGAUUACUUCACAAUUCAAAACCCAAGUAAUGUUGAUCGAUAUUCCAAACUACUCUUUCCUUUGGUUUUUAUGCUAGCCAAUGUAUUUUACUGGGCAUACUAUAUGUAUUUUUGAAAGUAUAUUGAAUUGUUUGCAUGCCAUAGGUCUUCAGCAGAAUAAGGUAAUGAUGUAAACGAUAUUCUAAGCCAAAUGUGCACCCUAACCCAGUGGUGCUACGAGUGACUAAAAUAACAUUUGAGCAUUUCUCUGCAAAGAAUGGACCCUCAAGGAUUAUUUACAUGUGUAGAAGUCCUAGCACUACAGAGUCUUGUAAUAGAAAUAUCAACCUAUUCCUUUUUCAUCCUUAUGAAAGACAUCUCCUUGGAGCCCAAGAUUACAAACUUAUCAGGGCCGACUGCCCAGUGGCUCUCUGGUCUGCAUUUAUCUCAUAUAAAAAACAAGAAAGAGGCCAUUACAUGUUUUGAGUCAAGUGUCAGAGGUUGUUUCUGAAUUAAUCAUACACACUAUUUACCAAAUCUCUACCAUGCUUAUAAAAUAUAUUGUUGCCUAUUUAGGGGGAUAACAUUUUCCAGCUUUUGUUUUGAUUAAAAUGAAAUGCAGGCUUAAGUCCAUUCACUGGAAGUCACUGCAUUAAAUACCAAGAUGAGUUUUUCAUAUAGUAUUUAAUGCCACAGCAGAACUGUCCCCAUAUUCCAACAAGUCCUACCACUGAAAAACAAAUGUAAGUGAAGAAAAAUUUAGUGGGGCAGUAAUU